AUGCUAUCCUUCCUCUGCUUUUUUGCAUUCCAGGUGGUGCUUCUUGCCGCUUGGGUCUCUGGUACCUUAGAUCCAUACCAGAAGAAGCUCCAGGAAUUCUUGCUGGAUUUGAGCCUCACAGGCAAAAAGCUCAUCGAAGAUGAGAACUUCAGCAAGAUCCAAGAUCAACUAGGAAACCAACUCGGUGGCAUGUUUGGAAAGGGGGGAGUCGGAGAGGGAAUUGGCUCUGUGAUGAGCAAGAGUCUUUAA